GUGAUACUCUGCGCUGGGAGAGAGGGGGGCUCGGUGCGGCGCUCGCUAUUCACGAUCCCAUGUACGGAGCGGACGGGCGCUAGGAGCAGGAUGUCCCGGGACAGGGUGGUCCAGCUGGCCCCCAGCUCCAUGGCCUUGGUGCUGUGCAGGCUGGCCGAGGAGAGAGGCGGCCAUGGGGACGAGGAGAGAGGCAGGCAGGUCUUCCAGGACUUCCAGGCGGCCAAUGCUCGGUGUUUCUGGAACCAGAGGCUGGUCCGGGCCGUGUCCGAGGUGUGCUUCCAGGGCUGGCUGGAGAGCUGGGUUCUGCUGGUCCAGGGGCAGAGUACCAGCCUGGAGGUGCUGAGAGAUGCCUGGGUCAGGAGAGCCCUGAGACCUCCCAGGGGAUUCCUCAUCACUGCACUGGGUGAUGUCUCCCCAGUUCAAAUGUGUCCAGCGUCCCAGUCUCAGUUCAUUCCUCUGGCAGAGGUGCUUUGCUGUGCUAUCUCCGAUAUGAAUGCCUCUCAGACAUUAGUGACUCAGGAAUCCCUACUGGAGCAUCUGAUUAAGCAUUACCAAGGUAUAGCCACUCCAUCACAAGAAAUUCUCUAUAAUACACUUGGUACGCUUAUAAAAGAGAGAAAAAUCUAUCACACUGGUGAAGGGUAUUUCAUUGUUACUCCACAGACUUAUUUUAUCACUAGGAAACAGACUCCAGACAGUAAGUGUGUGGCAGCAGAGAUUAGUUCACCCACUCCUCCACCUAUCACCUAUCUCGUGAGCAUGGAUAGUUGUGCGGAUUUAACCAAAGGAUCGCAACAACCUUCCAUAUCCCACUGCAGAUCUUGCAGCUGCUUUUCAGAAUAUUCUACACAUAACAUACUAGGACAACAGUCCAUAAAUGAAAGCAAUGACAAGGUGAUAAGGACUAUUAAGGAGUCGAGACCAUCCGUUCAAAACCAGGCUACUUCCACAUGCCAGGACCAGCACAAAUGUGGAAAGGGGAAGCCACAAAUCUUAUUAAAGGAGAAAGAAAAGUGCAACAAAAAAUUUGGUAUCAGUCUUUUCUGGAGAAAUGCUUGCAAGAAAGAAAAACCCAAAAAAGAACUUUCAACCUUUUCUGCGCAAUUUCCCCCCGAGGAAUGGCCAGUGAGAGAUGAGGACAAUUUAGAUAAUAUCCCACGUGACAUUGAACAUGAAAUCAUUAAACGCAUCAACCCUGUUCUUACCGUAGACAAUUUAAUGAAACACACAUUGAUGAUGCAAAAAGCUGAAGAGCAAAAAAAGUAUUUUAGUAAGGGAACAUCGACGGACAUAAUUAGAAAUAAACAGGGAUACAACCUUAAGGGGAGCUGCAGAAAGAAAAGCCGUCUUUCGAAGUAUCAUAGAAAACUGCAGGCCAACAAAGAGAAAAAACAGAAAGAUUCAUGUGUGCCAAGGAUUGCUGAACUAGUAAAGAAAGACGAAACGAAUACUACAGACAAAGUAAUGGUUUCUGAUGGCUUGUAUCCAGUUUGUGGGGAUGUUAUUCAGCAUGAUCUUGUAUACAAAAAACAAAUCCGCAACCCUUUUGAAGGUAUUUCAUACAGAGGUAAUUCAAGUACCAACGGGCACAAAGCUCUAAAAGAAAUGAAAAGGGAUAAUUCUGGAAAGCAUAGAAGGAACAGAGCAAGGUCAUUGGACUGUGGUGAAAAAAAGGCUGAUAUUGGAACUAGAUAUUCAAAUGGUGAAAGACAAGUAGAUUUAUAUGAUACAGGCGAGUCAAUACAUGAACAGAUCCUACCUCUUGUUCCUGAUAAAGAUGACUUGAGAGGAUACCCAGCCAACUAUCCCCAAUCUAGUACUCUGAGAAUUGAUGAUAAAUUUAAACAGAUCAAGGGUAGCAACUCCGUGCUUGGCCUCCAUACUGAGGAAGGAAAUAAUGUUUUUGGCAACCUUCAAGAUAAGGCAUUAAGUCAAAGAGAAGCUAUUUUAGAGCAUGGGAGGGUUAUAGUACAUUCUAAAGGAAUUUGUGGGAAUCAGACCACAUCAACCGGUGGGUUAUUACAGCAAACCGCAACAAAUUCUGGUAAAGGUGCAACCAGUAGACCCUGCACAGGAGUAUCUGGCAAAAUAGAGUCCAACAAGUUAUGGAAUCAUACCAGUGGCUUGAAAGACCAUAUGCAAUAUGUUGGGUUUACAAGAUCUCCAACCACAGAACUGUCUGAUGAUAAGACAUUGUUUCAGAGAGCAGCACAAGGCAGUGAAGCAUGUAGCUCCUUUUACUUUGAAGAGGACACUGAUGAAAAUAUUAAGGUAUGUCAAGUUCUAGAAAAACAGGUUAACAAUGAUAUACUAAACUGGAAUGAUCUACAGGAAGACCAUAGUGCAUCUGAAACAUCUCCGAGGCACUGGAGUCCUAAAAUAUCCUAUACAUCUCAAAUAGCGUCUUCACUGAAUGAUCACAGGGAAAAUUAUAGUUCUUCAGUAUUUUCUUCAGAUGACUCACAAGGUAACAAUAAUCCUCCUUUGCAUAUGAAUGACUGUUCUGAUGAGCAACUAUUGCAGCAGGUCCAUAGCCAAUGCCAUUUAGAUGUAGAAGGUGAUACAGAAAAACUUUUACACUCCCCUGAAGUUGUCGAUGGCAGCAUAUUUGAUUAUUGUAAUUCAAGUGAUGGCAACUCCAUGGCUGAGACUGUACAGACAUCUGUUAAUGGAAACAGCGAGAAGCAUGUCUCCUCAGGGCAGCAGUCGGAGGAAAUAAGGAAGUGUUUUGAACACAAGGUGAACUUAUUUAAUUCAACGGGGAGCCAACUGGAAACCAGUCAACAGGAAAGGAAUGAAAAUCAAAGCACGACAGGAGAUAGUGGUAUUGAAUCUCCACGAACACGGAUAAGUCUUGCUUCCAAUAACUCUCUCAUCCUCGAGCAACUGAAGAGAAGAACUUACCUACAGACCAUGGAAAUAAACAGCAAUUCUAAAAAUGAUGGCUUGUUGACUGCAAGUUCCUUAAUGCAGCUAACACCUGCUGUGAAUGUGUAGGGUCCUAUAGUUAGAACUUCAGAAUUAAGACUGUUCAGCUGGCAUUCUCUUCUUCUUAAUGCAGGCCCCUUCUAUAUCUAUUUAUACUUACAGAGUAUGAUAGGGUGCUGAUACAUCCAUUAAAUAUUCCACAGAUGGACUACCUAAAAGUGACUUGAAAUGGUCAAAUUGUUGCAUUUUAAUGACUGUUCUUUUCGACAUCAACAAGUGCCUGGAUUUCACUAGCAAGAGUAUAUUUAUGAAAAAACUAAGAUCUAGUAGAGAUGAUUGUUCUGGUAAGGGAGACAAGUUUCCUUAACCGACAGUGUACAAAAAGUCAAUCCAAUUCCAUUUUGACACCCCAUAACGAAAAAUAUGUAAUCCCUCAGUAAAGUUCGCUUUUGUAAAAAUACCUUGGUAAUUAUAUUCUAGUAUAGUUUUAAUUUCUAUGUAGUACUUGUAUACACUUUUUUUUUUUUUUCCAGGUAUCUUAAUCUUCACUGCCAGUAGUUUGGAACCUCAAAAGUUUUUGUACUAAGUACUUCAAUAAUCAGAAGUUA